AUGCAUUUCAUUAAGGCUAUUGUCUGGGGUAUAUCCCUUGCUGCUGUCAACGCGGCUGCUUUGCCCGCAGAUGGAUCUGGUGUUUCGACCUGCGAGUACUCCGGCGGCGACCGAGCCUGUGAAGCUCAUUGCAUCGAGAAGGGUAAAACCUUUGUAUCCUGUGCACCUGAGUGCACAUGCUCCGGCCGCUUGGGCAAUCCUUUGAGACGCCUCCUCAAGAGGAAGACUACAUCGUCUGCCAAGCCUACCACUGUCAAGGUCCAGGCUACUACAUCCAAGAAGGCCACUACCACUUCUAAGCCUGCUACAACAUCCAAGAAGCCUACCACUACAUCCAAGCCUGCCACUACCUCUAAGAAGCCUACUACCACCUCGAAGCCGGCAACCACUAGCAAGAAGCCCACCACUACUUCCAAGCCGGCAACCACUAGCAAGAAGCCCACCACUACUUCAAAGCCAGCCACUACCUCCAAGCCGGCUACAACUUCUAAGAAGCCAACGACCACGUCUAAGCCUGCUACAACUUCCAAGCCUGUGACUACUUCCAAGAAGCCCACUACUACUUCGAAGCCUGCCACUACCUCUAAGCCUGUCACCACUUCCAAGAAGCCAACGACCACGUCUAAGCCUGCUACUACUUCCAAGCCAGCUACCACUUCCAAGCCGGCUACUACCUCGAAGCCUGCCACUACCUCAAAGCCCCCCACUACAACUUCCAAGCCCCCCACUACAACCUCAAAGCCUACUACAACCUCCAAGGCUGCGACUACCACUUCCAAGGCUGCAACAACAACCUCCAAGGCUUCAUCAAGCUCAUCCUCCUCCAGUACCAGCUCCAAGGCUUCAACUUCUACUAGUGCCCCUGCCUCCACUAGCAAGGCUUCCACCUCCACCAGUGCUCCCGCUUCUACAAGCAAGGCUUCAACCAGUACAAGCUCAGCUGCAGCUUCUACUAGCUCUUCUGCCUCUACCUCUACUGCUGCUUCCACCUCCUCUGCCGCUGUCUCAUCUUCUUCUUCUGCUGCUGCCGCUUCCACCUCAUCCUCCGCUGCAGUCUCAUCUUCCUCUGCUGCCUCAUCCAGUGCUGCAUCCAGCCAGGCCACUGGUGCCCCUGCUGGCGGUGUCACAACCUCCACUUUCGAUGAUGAUGAGUCUACUACUAGCACUCCUGCCAGCCAGUCCUCCAGUGCUGCAGCUUCUUCAAGCACUGCUGUUACUUCUGAUGAGUCUGACGACGAGACCACCACUGCUGUCUCCUCUACUUCUGCUGGCCAGUCUUCUUCCACCGCCGCUGUUGAUGAUGAGACCACCUCAACUUCUGCUGCUGCUGGAUCUACUACUACUGAGGCCGAUGAGGACACCACUACUUCCGCUGCUGACGAAGAGACCAGCACCUCUGCCGCCGCUACCUCUACCACUGAGGAGGCUGAUGAGACCAGCACCUCAGCUACUGCCGCCGGCACUACCACUGAGGCUGAUGAUGAGACCACCUCUUCAUCUGCUGCUGUUGGAGCUACUACUACUACUUCCGCUGCCGACGAAGAGAACACUACCUCUUCCGCUGGUGCUACUACUACUGAUGUCGACGAGGAGACAUCUACUUCCGCUGCUGGAGCUGGUACUACCACCACUGAGGCUGAUGAGGAGACUAGCACUUCUGCUGCUGCUUCCACUACCGAUGUCGAUGAGGAGACCUCUACUUCUGCCGCCGCUGCUAGCACCACUGAUGAGGCUGAUGAGACUACCACUUCUGCUGCUGAUGAGGAGACUACUACAUCCUCUGCUGGUGCUUCUACCACUGAUGCUGAUGAGGAAACCAGCACUUCGGCUGCUGCUGUCACCACCACUUCUGAUGCUGACGAAGAGACCACUUCAUCUGACGCUGGUACUUCCACCUCAAUUGCUGAUGAUGAGACAUCCAGCACUACUACUUUCAUCACCCUGACCCGCACUACCAGCACUGCCGAUGAGGAGUCAUCCACUGCUACCUCUGAAGAUCUCACCGGUGCCCCGGCUGGAAUCUCAACUACCUCUUCUGCCGUUGACGAGGAGUCUACCAGCGAGGCUGCUACCACUUCGUCUGUCGCUGAUGAGGAGUCAUCCACUCAGGCCGCUUCUUCUACAUCUGUUGCUGAUGAUGAGACCUCCUCCAGCCAAGCUGCUUCGUCUACCACUGCUGCCGAUGAGGAGUCUACUAGCCAGGCUGCUGCUGCCACCACAUCUUCAUCUGCUGAUGAGUCCACUAGCCAGGCUGCUUCAUCCACUUCGGUCGCUGAUGAUGAGACUUCUUCCAGCCAGGCUGCCUCUUCUACUACCGUUGCUGACGACGAGACUACCAGCCAAGCUGCUGCUGCCACCACAUCUUCAUCUGCUGAUGAGUCCACUAGCCAGGCUGCUUCAUCCACUUCUGUUGCCGAUAAAGAGACUACCUCUGCUGCCGCUUCGACCUCGUCUUCUGCUGCCGAUGAGUCUACCAGCCAAGCCGCCUCUAGCACAUCUGUUGCCGAGUCCACUAGCUCUGCUGGUGCCUCGACUUCAUCGACCGCUGAUGAGGAGUCCACCAGCCAGGCUGCUUCCAGCACCUCUGCAGCCGAUGAGACUACUACUUCUGCUGCUGCGACAACCUCAUCAGCUGCCGAUGAGACAUCUAGCCAAGGAGCUUCAUCCACCUCCGAGCAGUUGACUGGUAACCCUGCUGGAAUUUCCACCUCUUCAUCCGCUGAGGAGUCCACCUCUGCUGCUGCCACCACCUCUGAAGCUGAGUCUACCUCCGCUGCUGCCACUACCUCAUCCUCUGCCGACCAGUCUUCCAGCCAGGCCGCCAGCACCAGUUCUGCUACUGCUGAUGAAACUACCAGCUCCGCUGCCGCCUCUACCUCAUCCGACGCUGAGACAUCUUCCUCCGCUGCUGGUGUCACAUCCACUUCAGCCGCUGAGACCUCUUCUUCCGUCGCCGAGUCUAGCAGCUCUGCCGCCGCCUCCACUUCAGCUGAUCAGACCUCUUCCUCGGCCGCCGAGACAUCCUCUUCUGCUGCGGUUGAGACAUCCAGCUCUGCCGCCGAGACAUCCUCUUCUGCUGCUGAGACUUCUUCGUCUGUUGCUGAGUCUACCUCAGCUGCUGUCACUACCUCGUCCGCCGACCAGUCUUCCAGCCAGCCAGCCAGCACCAGCUCUGCCGCUGAAACCACUUCCUCCGCCGCCGAGUCUACCUCUGCUGCUGAAACUUCCAGCUCUGCCGCUGAGACUUCAUCUUCUGUUGCUGCCUCCAGCACUUCUGCAGCUGAUGCAACAUCCUCUUCGGCUGCUGAGUCUACCUCUGCUGCUGCUUCAACCUCUGAGACCUCCAGCUCUGCCGCUGAGACCUCCAGCUCUGCCGCUGAGACUUCCUCUGCUGCUGCCUCCAGCACCUCUGCAGCUGAUGCUACAUCUACUUCAGCUGCCGAGACAUCUUCCUCUGCCGCCGUCGAGACCUCUUCUUCUGCUGAGACUUCCUCCUCCGCCGCUGCAACAUCUUCCGCAGCUGAGACCUCUUCCUCAGCUCCUGCAACCUCCUCCUCUGCAGCUGACACCUCUUCCUCUGCUGCUGAAACCUCCAGUUCUGCUGCUGAGACCUCUAGCUCUGCUGCCGCAACCUCAAGUUCCGCUGCUGCUGAAACCUCUUCUUCGGCCGCCGAGACCUCUUCUUCAUCAGCUGCUGAGACCUCCAGCUCUGCCGCUGAAACAUCUUCCUCGGCUGCUGCAACCUCCAGUUCUGCUGCUGAGACAUCCUCCUCAGCGGCUGAGACCUCUUCCUCUGCUGCCUCCACCACUUCAGAAGCUGAUGCUACGUCAACUUCAUCAAGCUCUUCCGCUACUGAUGAGACUUCAAGCCAGCCCACGACCUUCUCCACGGUCACGCGAACUGAGUCGGAGUCGGAGUCCUCUACAUCUGAGGCUGCUACGACCACUACUGCCUAG